AAGACAGAAAGGCUCCUGCAGCACACACACACACACUCUCAAGUUCCAAGACCCGCUGCUUAACCCCUGCAGAAUUUGGAGAUUUGUACGGGAGGUUGCUGAAACUGAAGGCCUGUGGACAUGACAGAGACAACUUCACUGUGAAACAUCUUUCAUUUAUUUAACAAGGAUACACUCUCCAUUUGAACCUUUGCUUCACCAUGUCGGUGUCCCUGUCCAGCAUCCCUGUAGUGCUGAAGGACAAGUGCUACCAAGCCGGCAUGCUCAAAGGCAGUCCCGCACGGGGCUUCUACCCUGCCCCUCUCCCCGGCCCCCAUCACUACAUGGACUUCUUCCCGCGGACUCACAACCUCCUCCACCCGCUCAAGUCCCUCGGCCGUCUGGUGUCGGACACUCAGGCUUCCCUGCAGCUCAGCAUGCCCGGCGGAGCCCCUCCGUACCUCGGCCAGGGCGGCCACCAUGCCUCGCUCCUGCACGAACACAUGUUGAGCGCCUCCGGCUUCCCUUACCUGAGCCAGAUGUUGCCCGGACACCCGCUCCACUCCAAACCAGAGGAGCUGGCAGCUGUGGUGACGGAGCACGCCGCUGGUCCCCUGUCCUCGGACUUCAGCAGCCCGUCCAGUGACAGGUCCUCCUCUGUCUCUUCCUCUGCCACCUCGCCGCCUAAGGAGAGUUUGUUUCGCCUCCGGAGCGCAGAGCUGUCGCCGGAAAAAACGCGCACCGCUUAUAAUUUUAGUGAGGAUGACUUGUUCAUGGUGCUGUACGGUUACUCCGGCAACCAGGAGCGAAGCCACGCUAUCUCAGGACUGAUCCUGCCCGAAAAGACAGUGUCUGACUCUCACAUUCUCCCACUGGACAAAGAAACACUUGAACUUCCAGAGGGGUUGACCAUCCUGCAGGCAGCCUGGGGAAACGUCUCACACCGUGGAGUGUUCACAGACAAAAGCAGCAUCCCUAAAGGCACACGCUUCGGACCCUUCCAAGGAAAACUGGUCAAUACCAGCGAGAUUAAAACAUACGACGACAACACGCUGAUGUGGGAGGUGUUUGAAAACGGCCGGUUGAGUCAUUUUGUGGACGGCAGGGGAGGCUCAGGGAACUGGAUGUCUUUGGUGAAGUGUGCUCGAUUCCCAGACGAGCAGAACCUGAUCGCUGUGCAGGUCCAGGGUCAGAUCUUCUAUGAGGCCUGUAAAGAGAUCCGACCUGGGCAGGAGCUGCUGGUGUGGUACGGAGACUGCUACAUGCAGUUCCUCGGCAUCCCUCUCACCCUGAAGGACCCUAGAGAGGACAGCAACGUGCCCCCUCCCGCUGAAGAUACUGGUGAGGGCUUCAAGUGUGACAGAUGUGGGAAGGUGUUUGCAUACAAGUACUACAGAGACAAGCACCUGAAGUACACGCGCUGCGUGGACCAGGGAGACAGGAAGUUCCCCUGUCACCUCUGCAACAGAUCCUUCGAGAAGAGAGACAGAUUAAGGAUCCACAUCUUACACGUUCACGAAAAGCACAGGCCUCACAAGUGCUCAGUGUGUGGAAAGAGUUUCUCCCAGUCGUCCAGUCUCAACAAACACAUGCGUGUGCACUCCGGAGAGCGGCCGUACAAGUGUGUCUACUGCAAUAAGGCCUUCACUGCCUCCAGUAUUUUGCGCACACACAUCCGCCAGCACUCCGGGGAGCGGCCCUUCAAGUGCAAGCACUGCGGGAAGGCCUUCGCUUCACACGCCGCCCACGACAGCCACGUCCGGCGGACCCACGCCAAGGACAAGCCCUGUCCCUGCAACCUCUGCGGAGCUACUUGUCAAGAUGAGCAGGAACUUCAGUACCACAUGAACACUCAUAAAAAAAUCUUGGACAGCACAGUUCUUCCGUCCUCUCCGGGGAGUGGAUUUCAGAAGGACUCCGUGUUUCCAGUGAAGGACAAUCCAAAAUUACAGAAAAACGCCGGACAAAACCUCCCAUACACCGGGUUAACAGUUUUAAACCCAGAAUAUCGGCCCUGGAACUAGUCCAACACGGCCUCAUAUGUACUGAGUAAAUCCUGACAAAGACAACCAUUCUAAUUGUGCGUAAUCAUUUUGUGGAUUUUAGACGGCACAAAUAUCACAGGAAGACUAAAUCCACGCAGGAACAUUGUGGCACUGUCAUGAGAGAUAAUUAAUAAGGCCUGUAAGGUAGGAUCUCGUGGUUUUUCUUUAUGUAAAUGCGGCUUGAGAAAAUGUUGUUCUAUAAUAGGUCUAUUUCAAUAGGCUCAUCAUAAUAUAAAUUGUCGGCAAAAAAAUGUGUCUAAAUCUAUUUAUAAUAUGUUCAAAUAUGUUGUCUGUGUUUUGUUUUGUGGCUUAAAGCUUUCACUCUGCAAUGGUUUUGUGAACUCAAUGUGAUUCCAUAAUAAUAAUAACAACAACGUUUUAUCAUUAUUAUUAUUAUUAUUAUUAUUAUUACGUUGGGGUUUCUUGCAUCGAAUAAGCUUAAAAAGCAAAGCUAUUUUUAUCAUUGUAGAUUUGAGCCUAUUUGUGUAUAAAGUAAAUGUUAUACCCUCUCUUAAUUUAUAAUGUAUGAUAAUAUUUUUUACUGUAAUGUAAGGCUGCAAAAGCAAUCGAAAGUGUCCUCGUUUGUUCCCUAUGAGCGUCUGCUUUUUCAUCAUUAACAAAUAAAAAAUCAGCGCAUGGAAACAA